AAAGAGGCAGCCCGUAAGCAGGAGGGGAUUUACUCCAGCAGAGCAGCUCAGUGUAGCACAGCCCACGGAGCAGACAGCAGCACGAACCCGGAGCUGACGGCGCAGACGGACGCACACAACAGGGGUAAAAAAAUGACCCUCAACAACGUUACCAUGCGUCGCACCCACCACAGCAGCCUGCAGCAGCAACAGCAGCGAUGGAGCAUCCCUGCUGAUGGGAAGAACCUGCUGGUCCAGAAGGACUCCAAUGAGUACAACGCGCAGAAGCGAUACACCAUCAGCCCUGACGAAUACUACAGAAGAAGCUGGUCCUCGGAGUCAUCUGACUCUGUCAUCUCCUCUGAGUCCUGCAGCAACUGCUACAGAGUGGUGCUGAUAGGGGAGCAAGGUGUGGGCAAGUCGUCGUUGGCCAACAUCUUUGCAGGGGUACACGACAGCAUUGACAGUGACUGCGAGGUGCUGGGAGAAGACACAUAUGAAAGAACCCUGAUGGUGGAUGGGGAGAGUGCAACGAUUGUACUGCUCGACAUGUGGGAUAACAAGCGUGAAGGAGAAUGGAUUCGAGACCACUGCAUGAAAGUGGGAGAUGCCUACUUGAUUGUCUACUCCAUCACAGACCGAGCAAGCUUUGAAAAAGCUUCUGAACUCAGAAUACAGCUCCGCAGGGCUCGGCAGAGAGAAGAUAUUCCCAUUAUUUUGGUUGGCAACAAAAGUGACCUUGUCAGGUGCCGUGAAGUUUCAGUAGCAGAGGGCCGAGCGUGCGCUGUUGUGUUUGACUGCAAGUUUAUCGAGACCUCGGCAGCCGUGCAGCACAACGUGAAAGAGCUCUUUGAAGGCAUCGUGAGGCAAGUGCGGCUCAGGAGGGACAGCAAGGAAAAGAACGAGAAGCGGCUGGCUUACCAGAAACGGAGGGAGAGCAUCCCGAAGAAAGCCAGGCGGUUUUGGGGCAAAAUAGUUGCCAAGAACAACAAGAACAUGGCCUUCAAACUCAAGUCCAAGUCUUGUCAUGACCUAUCGGUACUUUAAGAACGUUGGACUCUGCCAGAGCUUGUGGCAUUUUGUGGACAUUAUCGAACUCUGUUGUGGGAAAUAAUCUAUAUUAGAUUGGGCUAUGAAAAUGACUUAGAUUCACAGUUGUGAUUGUGAUGAUACGUGCUGACAUAAGAACAGCACAGUGCAUGGAAAUAUCUCUCUUUCAUUUUCUUUGGUAGUUUUAUAAGAAAAGUAUAAACCUGAAUGAUCCAAAAUUGUGCUGGGAGAGCAUUCCGGAAUAUACCUAUUUCUUCUCCACUCACCUUUGGAUAAUAGCUUAUGAACCUCAAACUGUCAUGACUUGGGAAGUGAAUACUAUGCUCUUUACUCUUUCUCACUGUAAUUACUUGUUUAAUUUUUAUCCUUUUUCUUUUUUGAAAAUUGUGUAAAGAAUUGAGGAACUGACUAGGCAUUGAUCCCUCGCCAAUUGGCUGGUCAGGCUUGAGCACCCACAGCUGAAAAUAUGCAUUGUUGUAGAAUAGCCAUCCAAACACUUCUUUUUAUUAUUUCAAGGAUUGGUUUCAAUGAGUUCACACAUCUCUUACUUUGAAAAUAUUUAAAGGAAAAAUCCUAUAGUCAAAUAAAUUUUCCUCUCAUAUUUCUAUGUUAGGGGCCUGUUUAAAAUUCAUAGUCAAAAUAAAAUUAAAGCACAAGCUUAAUCAAAGUACAUCAAGUGCAGGAUGCCAAACCUUUAUAAAUCACCUGAGCUUUUUUAAGAAACCACACGGACUUCUUGUAUCCAGUCUUGGCCUUUCUCUACGCCAGAGCUAUGCUGUAUUUAUUGUUGUGCAAAAUAACAAGCAUUUUAAUGUUGAGGGGAAAUGUAUUUAUUACCAAGUUUCUUAAAGAAUAAUGUUAAUUUUAUUACUGUUUUCUAUCUAAUAUCUUUUUUCAGAUAUGCAAGUUUUUACUUACAUGCCUUGUAAUAAAACAAAUAAAAUAUA